AUGAAAUCGGCAAAAUUGUUUUGCGUUCUAUUGGUCCUUGCGAUCUCGAGGGUGCAAGGAGCAGCUCAGAAAGAGGGAAGUGAUCCUCAGAAGCGAGCGAUUGGGCACGGAUAUGGAUUAGGAUUAGGACUGGGAGCAACCGGAUAUGGUGCUACCGGUCUAGCAGCAUCAGCACUAGGAGCACCUUUGUCUGCACCAAUUGGGCCAAUUCUUGGACCAUCCAUCGGAGCAUCAUUGGGACCAAUUGGACUUCCGGCCGGACCGAUCGGUAUCCCGGCAGGAGCAAUCGGACUCCCGGCAGGACCGAUCGGACUUCCAGCAGGACCAUUCCUCGGAGGAGGAUUUGCCCCUGCAGCCCUUCCCGCCCCUGGUCCAGUGUUUGCUCCCGCACCACCGACCGUGGCCGUUGCUCCAACAGUCACACGUAACAUUUUGACCACAGUUCAGCAACCCGUCCCGGUGCCGUAUCCUCAACCCGUACCCGUAGACCGUCCCGUACCUGUUCCGGUGCACGUGCAUGUCCCUGUCGAUCGUCCCGUGCCGGUACCACAUCCCGUAGCCGUUCCCGUUCACGUGCCUCGCCCAGUUCCGGUACCAGUCCCACAACCAUAUCCAGUCACGGUUACCAGAACUGUGCCCGUACCGGUACCGCAGCCUUACCCGGUGCAUCACGCCGUGCCCGUUCCACAGCCCGUUCCAGUGCCACAGCCCAUUCCGGUUCCGCAGCCAGUGGCCGUACCGCAACCCGUUGCCGUACCGCAUCCGGUGGUAGUACCGGCUCCCGUUCCCACGCUUCCCAUUGCAUCGCUGCCAUCGCUGCCGUCGUUGCCAGCGCUUCCGGCCUACGGUUACGGUUACGGUUACGGUGGUUAUCUGCCUUCCUAUGGCAAGGUGUACGGUGGUGGUGUAACGCUGCAGAAGGUAUACACCGGCCACCAUGGGCUUGGUUUGUUGGGUUUGAAAAAGUAUCUCGGAUAA